UGAUCUGACACCAGUUAUUCUUAAAACCAAAACAGAACUUAUAAAUGAGAGAAUCGGUUAUGAUCCCAAACCUAAACCUCAGCCAACACACAGGCCAAUAGUUAACUAAAAUCAUUAAAACUAGUGUGCUUUUUUGUGGACAGAAUGAAAUACAUUAAUACAUUUAGAAUUUAUUUAACUGCACAUGAACUUUCAAUCACACAUGUGAGGUACAGAAGUAAUGUAAGCUUUGUAAAACAGUUUUUAUCAAACACAAUUAAAAGUGACUCUGUAAAUUUUGUGUGUAAGGAUAAGCUUUGGUUGAAAAAACUGUAUUGUAGUUAUUUUAAGUCUUCUUAUUCCAAAUGUAGCCUGUCAAAAUCCAUACUGCAGAAACAGUUUAAUUCUACUGGUGCUGCUCAGUUUGCCAGCACAUUAAAAAAAAGGCACUUCAGUUCUUUCUCAGAUGAUCAUGAAUGGACAGAAGAAGAAGACUUGGUCACUGCCGACAAUGUUUUGAAUGAUGAAACAUACAAGAACUUCCUUAGGCAGUACUGCAAUAUUGCUGAUGUGGGACACAGGGUUUUCAUCCUUCAUAUAGCUAAGAAACAAAAAGGAAGUGAUGAUACUGAAAUCGUUGAGAACAGACUUGCAGAGAAUGUUGCUUUGGUCGAGUCCAUUCCAGGGUGGGCAGUUGUAGAAAAGGUCAUUGUGAGAACAAACAUCAAGCUGAAUGACUGGGACUUUUUGGAACACAAACACUUUGCUGAUGUGGCAUUGCGACUCCGACGCUGUCCUGGGAUUAGCGCCCUCUUUCUCACUGUCAAUGAGUUGUCAGCAGCACAAACUGUUGCCUUGCAAGCCAAACUGCAAAUGCCAGUAUUUAAUAGACCGUUCAUGAUGAUUCAGGCCUGCAAGGCAUAUGCCCGUUCCAAGGAGGCCCGAGUAGCCGUGGCCCUUGCUGAACUGCCGCACACAAAGUUCCAGUUCAGCAUUCAAAAUGGCAGAAUAGUGAACAACAUUCCUGGCGAGGCUUGGUUUCAUCAACGUGAAAAAAAGCUUCAACUCAUUCUUGCAUCUCUGAAGCGACAGAGGGAGAAGCUUAGACUUCAAAGGAAGCGUCACAAGAUCCCCACAGUGUCUGUGAUAGGAUAUACAAACUCAGGCAAGACCAGUCUAAUUAAGGCUCUGACAGGUGACCAGUCUCUGCAGCCUGAGGACCGUCUGUUUGCCACCCUUGAUGUCACUCUGCAUGCUGGCCGUCUGCCAAACAGCAUGGUGGUUUUGUACAUUGACACUAUGGGCUUCAUAUCAGACCUGCCGUCCAGACUACAAGAGGCAUUCUCUGCCACCCUGGAGGACAUUUCAUCUGCUGAUGCAGUAGUGCAUGUGACAGAUUGCAGUCACCCUGACUGUAUGCAACAGAAGACUGACGUUACCUCCCAAGUGUCGGCCAUAUUGUCCCCCUCCCAGCUCAACAGCAUCAUUCAUGUCUACAACAAAGUGGAUGUCAUUCACAGAACAAUGUCCCGUGACCAGUCAUGCCUGUAUGUGUCUGCAGUGACAGGGGAAGGUCUGGUGGAGCUACAAGAUCAGAUAGCCAGGCUUGUUAUACACAACACAGGGAUGCUGCAGAAGAAGAUCCGACUGCCCAUGAAAGGUCAACAUCUCAGUUGGUUGAGGAAGGAGGCUACUAUAGUGUCCACCGAGCUCGACUCCGAUCCGGAGAAUCUCAUUGUGAACGUGCACAUCAGCAAAGAAAACUUUUCCCGCUUUCAGGCCAAGUUUGCACGUCACCAUCACUCAGGAUGACAAUCAAUAGUAUCAACACUUCAAGAUUUACUUCUGAACUAUGGAAUGAGUCCACAUACAUUUUGCUCAAUCAUGCAAUAUUUAUAAAUCAGCCCAACUAGCUUAACUGGUGGUCCAUUUAUUUAAUACUUUUUGAAGUUGGUUUACUUUGAAUAGCAAACACAGUACUUAAAAUAUAUGCAUAUUUUAAGGCAUAAUUGUAUUAAUAUACUUGUAUUUUGGCAAAUAAAUUGUAAGCAGUUCUGAA